AUGGAAACUUCUUAUAAACAAGCAACAUUUGAAACUCUUUCAGAUGAAAUUCUAUUGGAAAUCUGCAAGUAUUUAUUAUGUUCUGAUAUUCUUUUCUCCUUCAACGUCCUUAACCAUCGAAUAACACGAAUGGUCACUCAACAUCGUCAUCAUAUUUCAUUAUAUAAAAUAUCUCUUGCUCAAUGUGAUUAUUUAUGUGUAAAUAUUCUUCCGAAAAUUGGUUGUGAAGUUUGUUCAUUAUUUAUUGAUUGUUGUUUUUCUGUGUUACAACAUGAUUCAUUCAUCAAACAUUUUGGUAAGAAAAUGUAA